CAUCAUCGUCGUCUUCACAUUCUCAUCAAUGGCGUCCUCAAGGUUGCUUACGUUGUUCUCCACCUUCCUCUUCUCUCUUAUCCUGGUCCAGCACUCCCUCGGCUACGCCCCAAUGACGCUGACCAUCGUGAACAACUGCCCCUUCACAGUGUGCCCCGGAAUCCAGCCCAACUCCGGCCACGAAGUUCUCGAGCACGGCGGCUUCUGCCUUCCAACCCUCCACCACCGCUCAUUCCCGGCCCCCACCGACCACUGGUCCGGCCGAGUCUGGGCUCGCACCGGCUGCACUCACGACGGCACCCGCAUCUCCUGUCUCACCGGCGACUGCAACGGCCAACUCCAUUGCUCCGGCCACGGCGGCGCCGUACCCGCAACCCUCGCCCAGCUCUCCAUCCACCACGGCGGCCACCUGGAUCUCACCUCCUACGGCGUCUCCUUAGUCGACGGCUUCAACGUCGGCAUGACGAUCACUCCUCACGAAGGUCAAGGUCGUUGUCCCGUCGUCGGCUGCCGCGCUGACCUCCUCCCUACUUGUCCAGCUCCACUCCAAACCCGAUCUCCGGUUACCGCCGGUGGUCACGUGAUAGGGUGCAAGAGCGGUUGCUUGGCCUUCAACACCGACGAGCUUUGCUGUCGUAAUAUGUAUAACAGUCCUCGGACGUGCCGGGCUUCGAGUUACUCUGAGUUUUUCAAGCACGCGUGCCCUGAUACUUUCACUUACGCGCACGAUAGCCCUAACUUGACGCACGAGUGCUCGGCGCCCGGCGAGCUCAAGAUCAUCUUCUGUCACUGAGUUGUUGCUCAGCUUCGUCUAUCUCUUUCUCUGUCUGUGUCUUUGCUGUGGUGGUAGUAGUGUCAGGGACUUAAGAGUAAUAAAAUAAAAAAGUAGGGAGUGGUUUGUUAGGGAUCAUUUGUGGUGAAAGUUGUGAACUUGAAACUCUGCUAAUUAAUCUCUGAAAUAUCACGUGGGUUUGUGUUCUUUGUUGCUGUUAUUAUGAAUUCACUGCACUAGUGUUUUUGUGUUUGUA